UUUUCUUGUAUUGUUUAAUUAUUUAUCAACUUUUACUCAUUUAACUAACCUUCGAUCGAAGGUAAUCAACUUCACAUACAUCAGACCAUCCUCCCUUGUACAAUCAAUCAUCGAUUUUCAAACUCAUCAAAAAUUCAUCCCCAUUGACGUGACACUAUUUUAGACUCAGUUGUCCUCAUCUUAUAGCAGUAUAGUUAAAACUAUGACCAACUCCACCACCAUGGCUCACGCCCCUCGCGAAGUUCUGUCCCUAAAAAACCCAUCCUUUUGCGCCUACAUGGUAUGUUCCUGUAUUCUGGUGAUAAAAAUGAUCGCAGUUGCUCUACUAACCGCCUACAAACGCAAAGUCCACAAAGUAUAUCUUUCGCCGGAGGACGUCAAAACCAACAAGGGGCAAAUCGACACCCACGACGACGUCGAAAGAGUUAGAAGAGCGCAUUUGAAUGAUUUGGAGAACAUUCCGCUGUUCUGGACCACUGCGUUUGUUUUUCUUUUUGCUAAACCGCCGGUGUGGUUGGCCUGUCUUAUGUUCUUUACUUUUGUGAUUGCCAGGAUUGGCCAUACUAUUGUGUAUGCGGUAUAUGUUGUUCGCCAGCCUGCUAGAGCUGUUUGUUUUCUUACUGGGUUAGUGAUUACCCUGUAUAUGGCGUUGCAUGCAAUGAUUGUGGGGUUUGCACAUAUAUAGAUUUUUUUUUUCGUACAACACGACGUAAUUUUUUACAUUUUGCUUUUGUUGACUUCUCAGGCGCCAAGAUUCUCCUUUCUGG